AUGGCAUCCUCUGCAAAUGGAAGCAUCGCCAAGAGGUGGCGCGAGCUCCAAGGCGACAACUCCUGGAAGGGCCUCCUGGACCCGCUGGAUAUGGACCUCCGCAAGUCCAUCAUCUCCUACGGCGAGCUCGCCGAGGCCACCUACGACGGGUUCAACACGGAGCGGCGGUCGCCGCACGCCGGCGCCUGCAUGUACGGCUACUCCGACCUGCUGGCCAGCUCGGGGGUGGCGGCGGCCGGCCACUACGAGGUCACCAGGUUCAUCUACGCCACGUCGGGGCAGCCCCUCCCCGACGCCUUCCUCCUGCGCCCGCUGGAGGCGCUCAAGGACGUGUGGUCCAGGGAGUCCAACUUCAUGGGCUACGUCGCCGUGGCCACCGACGAGGGCGCCGCCGCGCUGGGGAGGCGCGACAUCGUCGUCGCGUGGCGCGGCACCGUGCAGAGCCUGGAGUGGGUCAACGACCUCGGCUUCACGCCCGUGCCCGCCGCGCCGGUCCUCGGCUCCAAGGCCGCCGCCAACCCCUUGGCGAUGGUGCACAUGGGCUUCCUCUCCAUGUACACGUCCAGCCACGCCGGCUCCAAGUUCAACAAGACUAGCGCCAGGGACCAGGUCUUCGAGGAGGUGAGGAGACUGGUGGAGCUCUACAAGGACGAGGAGAUGAGCAUCACCAUCACCGGACACAGCCUCGGCGCGGCCAUCUCCAUCCUCAACGCCGUCGACAUCGUCAGCAACGGCGUGAACGUGCCCGGCGGCUCAUCAUCCACCAAUAAGCCGCCGUGCCCGGUGACGGCCAUCGUGUUCGCGUGCCCGCACGUCGGCGACCGCUUCUUCAGGGCGGCCUUCCAAUCCUUCAAGGACCUCAAGGCUCUCCACGUGAAGAACGCCGGCGACGUCGUGCCGAUGUACCCGCCGCUGGCGUACGUGGACGUGGCCGUGACGUUGAACAUCAACACCGGUCGGUCGCCGUACCUCAAGUGGCCCGGCACGGUGCAGACGCUCCACAACCUCGAGUGCUACCUGCAUGGCGUCGCCGGCGAGCAGGGCAGCGCCGGAGGGUUUAAGCUGGAGGUGGAGCGCGACGUGGCGCUGGUGAACAAGGGCGCCGACGCGCUCAAGGACGAGUACCCGGUGCCGGCGAGCUGGUGGGCGCCAAAGAUCAACAAGGGCAUGGUGAAGGAUGAUGCCGACGGCCAGUUGAUGCUCAACGACUUCCAGCAAAUCUAA